UACAACAGUAUGGUGGAACUUUUUGAGACCAACACUUAUUUCUUCAACGAUCUGCGGUAUCUCGAGGGAGAUCAUGGACCAUUGCAGCACUUGGACAUGGCGGGGGUGUCCCCUUUGUACCCGUUGUCACCUGGGGGGGAUCCGUCCGAGACUGGAUGUGACAGCAGCGGAGAGGAGCAUGUCCUCGCACCCCCUGGUCUUCAGCCACACUGCGAGGGACAGUGCCUCAUCUGGGCUUGUAAGGUUUGUAAAAGAAAGUCUGCACCAACCGACAGGCGCAAAGCGGCCACUCUCAGGGAAAGAAGGCGGCUCAAGAAGAUCAAUGAAGCAUUUGAUGCGUUGAAGAAAAAGACCGUGCCCAAUCCGAACCAGCGGCUGCCCAAAGUGGAGAUUUUACGCAGUGCCAUAAACUACAUCGAGCAAUUGCAGGACCUGUUGCAUACACUGGAUGAGCAAGAAAAAACGCCUCAAAAUGGCUCAUAUAACUAUAACGUGAAAGAACACCAUGCGUCCAAUAAGGAGUACCAUUGGAAGAAGAACUGUCAAAACUGGCAGACCUCAGCUGAUCAUUCCAAUGCACCAAUGACGAAUCAGAGAGAAGGCUUCACGGAGUCUUCAGCGUCCACCAGCCUUCUUCGCCUGUCAUCAAUCGUUGACAGUAUAUCAAGUGAAGAGAAACCGACUUGCAACGAAGAAGUCUCAGAAAAAUAAAUCAUGAUUUGUUUGUAGCCUGUAUAAGCGAC